GCGCAGGAAGUGACGCUAAGCUUGUGACGCAGUUAUAGCGGUUGCCACGGGAAAGAGAAUGCAAUGAACGUGGCCUCCGAGAUUACACGGCGAACCGGUGGUGCCAUCUCGAAGGCCCCGACCAUGGAGACUACGCUCUCCCCCAUUUUGAGUGCUGCUCUCUUUCGAGCGCCUCUUCCUCUUCACAAUCAGGCACACGCACACUGGCUAAACUAUCUGGCGGAGUGCUUGGUGGCUUGUGGGCGUGACGUCCACUCGGGCUCUCUCCAGCAGCAGCUCUUGCGGCGCUCUGGUACCCUCCCGUUGCCGGCCAACAGAACCCGGACGCGCGCUGACGCGGCAGCUCGGCUCAUCUUCCCGCAAGGUAGAAGGAACAGCCCUUGACAUCGGCUUGCCGUGGCGUCUCCACCAAACUUACGCGAGGAGAAAAGCGGCAAGAAAAUGGCUACUACGCAGGCAUUCGAACCCGGCUCUCAAGACCUUUACCGAGAUGUGGAGGGAGUGUACCUCAACGUGGGGUAUCCGGAGGAAAACGUGCGCUCCGCGUUAUCCUACACACCGCUAGACGGCGACCUCUUCGUUGCGAGUUACCCGAAAUGCGGCACCACUUGGAUGCAGCACAUCGUGUACAGCAUACUGCGCGACGGCGCGGCCCCAGCGAACAUCAUGGAAUUCUUGAGCAGCAGUCCGUUCUUGGACUUCAUGGGAGCCGACGUUGCGCGCGUUAUGCCUCGGCCCGGGGCCAUCAAGACCCACUUGCCGUUCAACAAGGUCCCUUACUCGUCUCAGGCCAAGUACAUCUACAUAACCCGUAACCCUUACGACUGCUGCGUGUCGGCCUAUUACCACGUGAAGAGCUUCCACGCGAUGCUUUUCGGCGGCACGUUCGACGAGUACUUUGACAUGUUCGUUGAAGGAAAAGUCGACUACGGUGACUACUUCGCCCACCUUCUGUCCUGGUACGAACACCGCGGCGACGACAACGUGCUGUUCCUGACGUACGAGGAGCUCAAGAAGGACUCUCGUGGCUGCGUGCUGAAGAUCGCCGACUUCGUCGACAAGCAACAGUACGGUGACAGGCUGAGACAGCACCCGGAAGUUUUGGACAAGGUUCUCGACACGAUUAGCCUCGAGUCCAUGAGAAAGCUUUAUUCCCAAUUGGGAGAAUGGGCCAAACAAAUGAUCAACACGCCGUUAGAAGCACUGCCCGAAUCGAUGAGGUCGGCAGUCGAAACUAUGAAACAAAUGUUCUCGAAGCCGAUCAAAGGAGAGUUCGUGAGGAAAGGCAUUGUGGGAGACUGGAAAAACCACUUUUCGUCGGAGCAGGUCACAAGAAUGAAAGAGCUGAUCGCUGCAAAGACAGCCGGUAGCGACGUCAUGGAUCUCUGGAAGGACACGGACCUACCCCGAUGAAGAAGGAAUGGAAUGGAAUGGAAAAACUUUAUUUCUCUAUAUCUCAGAGAGAUUGGCGGUGGGCCGGUGUCUUCAUGUUUUGAGUCCUGGCCGCUUCACAAGGUCGGCGCCCCUAUUCCAGGGCACCGCUGAGUCUUGCUGCCUCGCAGGCGUGCUGCACAAUUGCCCGUCGGGCUGUGAGCUCGCUGUUGGUGAGCAGACCCUCCCAUUGUUCCGCACUUGGGUUAUUUACUUUAUGGAAUGCGAAAUUACGCUUGCAUUCCCACGUGAUGUGCUAUAACGUGGGGGUUGUUCCGCACCACGGACAUGUAUCCCUUUACUGGGUAGGGAACAUUUUGUGUAAUGUGUGCAGGUUGAAGAACGUACCUGCUUGCAGUCUUCGCCAGCUUACUGCCUCAUGUUGUGUGAGCGAUGUGUGGGGUGGGGGGUAUUUAAGUCUCCUUCCUCUGUAGUGGUUAAGUAUUUCUGCAUACGUCGGCUCCACCGUUAAGGGGGCCUCUAGGGUUUCCGACUGCCCUGCUCGGUGCGUGAGUUCGCGAACCAGGCGGUCCACCCUUGAGUUGCCCUCUAUCCCGGUGUGUGCCGGUAUCCAGAAGAUCCUAUGUUUUAUCUUUUUGUUAGGAGGCUCUGUUUUGAGGAGGAUUCUCAGUGC